UGCGCGAUUACGCCGCUGUCACCGCGACCGGGCUUCCGUAGCCGGGCGCCAUGGCGACGAGGUGGAGGCCUACCCCUACCUGAAGGCCGCGGAAUCCGAAGAGAUUCCCCGCCAUUAACUGGCCCGGGAUGCCUCGAUAUGCCCAGCUGGUGAUGGGGCCCGCCGGCAGUGGCAAGAGCACUUACUGUUCUACCAUACAGCAGCAAUGUGAGGUGUUGAAUCGGUCUGUGCAGGUUGUGAACCUUGACCCUGCUGCCGAAUACUUUGACUAUUCUGUUUUGGCAGAUAUCCGGGAGCUCAUCCAAGUAGACGAUGUGAUGGAAGAUGACUCAUUGAGAUUUGGUCCAAAUGGUGGGCUCAUUUACUGCAUGGAAUACUUUGCCAACAACUUUGAUUGGUUGGCAGAUUGCCUUGGGCACAUGGAGGAUGAUUAUAUACUCUUUGAUUGUCCAGGACAGAUUGAGCUAUAUACUCACCUGCCAAUAAUGAAACAGCUUGUGGACCAGUUACAGCAGUGGGAGUUUCGUGUUUGUGGGGUAUUUCUAGUUGAUUCUCAGUUUAUGGUGGAGUCGUUUAAGUUUGUAUCAGGUGUAAUGGCAGCCCUCAGUGCUAUGGUGUCUCUGGAAAUUCCGCAGGUCAACAUCAUGACAAAAAUGGAUUUACUUAACAAGAAAGCAAAAAAAGAAAUUGAAAGAUAUUUAGACCCCGAUAUGUAUUCACUGAUGCAAGACUCCUCUGAUAUUUGGAAAAGCAAGAAAUUUAAGAAAUUAACCAAAGCAAUUUGUGGAUUGGUUGAUGACUACAGCAUGGUUCGUUUUUUGCCAUUUGACCGUUCCGAUGAUGAAAGUAUUUCCAUCACUCUUCAGCAUAUUGACUUUUCCAUUCAGUAUGGAGAGGACUUUGAAGUCAAAGAACCAAAGGAGCAAGAAGAGGAUCCUGAUGCUCCAAGCAUGAGCGAUCAAUUUUUCCAAGGUGCAAGUGCUGACUGAACUCCUGGAUGUGAUCGAGUACUUGGACCCAGUUAAACAUUCGAUUUGGAAACCAUUAACACUGUGCCUUACCAGGCAAUUUAAGACCUUGUUUAGGAACUUGGCUUAUUUGCACUGUUGUGUGAAGAUGAAUCAGAUCCUUCAAUAGGUAUAUGAAAGUGAUGACUAUUUUUGAAGUUGCUUGGAUUAAUUAUGUGCUGGCAAGUUACCAACUGCUGAAGAGGUCUUCUGUUUGAUGCCAAUAACAUUUCAGUGCUGUUUGGAAUGACCACUGGCAAACCAAUUUUAUUUAAACUAUAAAAUAUCAGGAUCGUAAAAGGUUGUUUGCUGGAAAUUGUUGCAAAGAUUUAAGUAUAUUUUCCCCAUUUAUUUACUGCAAACUUUGCAGGCACCUUAUGAAUGUUGUUUAUGAUAGUUUACAAAGUGAGACAUGACUGGAAUUGUAAAAUUAGCAGCAAUGGUUUUUAUCUUGGUAAAUCUCAUAUUUGGAUACACCAGAAUGCUUUCUACUUAAGACAGUUUUAAUCGUGUGGUUAGCAGAGAUCAGUAGAAUCUAUCAUGUUCUGUCUUACGCAUAGUACCCUUUGUACUUCCAUAGCACAAGAUGUGUGUGUGUGUGUGUGUGUAAAUAUAUAUAUUUACACACACACAUGUCAAAAUAAUUCUAAUCCCAGGAAGAUUAUUUAUAAAAUGUUAAUAUAAAGUUGAAAUAACAUCGAAUGCCUUCUAGUUCCAAUUUAACAUUUCUUAUAAAGGCAGACUUUAAACAGAUUACUUGGGAAUGUGGAACAAAGGUAAAAAAAAAUAGAAUUAAGGUACAGGUAAUUCUUAACCUCAGUAAAUGGAGCAUAAAGUUGAUUUCCUCCUGUUACAACAUUACUGGCUACAUUCACAGCUUAACUGGAAAUCAAACUUAUUUCUUCAUUUGUAUUUCAUGGAAAAAAAGUCCCCAAUUCAUAUUUUAUUUCUGUUCAAAUGUUGUUGUCAUACUCACUAGCGCCUGAUUUUAUAGUAAAAGUCUAAAGUGAAAUUAUUUUGUUUCAUCGAUAAAAUUGAGAUAUUAAUGCACAUAAACCAUACUUUUGUAACAGCUGAAGAUAUUUUGCAAUUAUAAUUUUACAGUAAUUACAGAUGUCGUGGAUCAUUUAUUUGUAAACUCUUCAAUCAAUUUUCUUAAAUUCCUGGCUUGUCUAAAAUGUCUUGUUUGAAGGAAGUGUCCCGAAGCACCUUUGCUGGAAGAUGUAGAUUUUGAUGUUGGCAAAAUAUGAAUUGAUAAAAUAGUUCUUGAAUUAGGUUGCUCAAAGGAUUGAACUGAAAACGGAAAAGUGUUCUCUAUGUCUGUUUAGUCAAUCAACCAACCAUGUUUUAUCAAUACAUGUUCUUGGGUAUGGUUAAUUGUGAAGAUUGUGUGCACACUCAAAAUGAAUGUGAGUCUGGAGGAUGAGUUUGAAUGCUAACAAAAAGGGUAAGCUCAAACCAAAUCCAUGUUACUCUCCCCCAUCACCAAGGACAAAAUCUAAUGUUUUGUUUAAUUGUUUUGUAAUAAAGGAAGCCGAUUUGAGUCA